GCUGUCAAUCUGUCAACUUCAAAUUUCAAGAAAUUUUAAAUUUCAAAAAAAAAUUGUUUACAAUCAUUAAAUAGUAGUUGAGUGGUGUUAUUAUUUAUGUUGAAAAAAAUUCUAUUGAUAUCAAAUAUAUUCAUACUGUAAUGGAAGGUAGGAAAAGACAAAGAUGUGCCUAUGUCACAGCUCGACAGAAAAAGAAGUUAAUAGAAUUAAUGGCUAAACAUCCAGAAUUAAUUUCGUGUAAAGUAACUCAAGACUUUAGUUAUAAGGACUCUCAAAUGUUAUGGCAAAACAUAGCCAACGAAUGCAAUGCUAUUCCUGGAGCACGGAAAACGUGGCGGCAGUGGAGAAAAACAUGGCAUGAUCUUCGUUCAAAAACAAAGAAAAAGCAAGCUGAAACUAAUGGUGAUACAUCAUUUUCUACAACCACACUGACUGAAGCUGAACGGGAAGCCUUGGGCAUUAAAAACAUGUCAUCAGUUGAUGACUAUCAAGAAAACACAGAGUUUGUGCUACUGUCUGAAAAUCAAGAAGACUUAAAUGAUGCCAUUUCGGCAACAUCUCUAAGUGAGCCAGGUUCACCUCCUGAGACAAAAGUAUUUGUACCAACAGAACAUAGAAAGAAAAAAAUUAAAAUGAAAUCAUCUAAACACAGCUCAAAUCACUCAAACAGUUGUUACUUUAACUGUGAUCUGUUGGCAGUGCAAGAACAGAGGAAAGCACAAGUCAAAGAAGAUUAUUUAAAUUUCAAGAAAGAAUAUUUGAGACAAAAGUUAAAAUUCCUGAAAGAACAGACUGAAGCAUUGAAAAGUAUUGCAAAAGAACUCUCAAAGUAAUUAGAAGUGCCAUUUAUUUUGGAUAUAACAGUUUCCAAUUUAUUUUACUCAGAAGAUUAAUCUGCUAGCUAGUAGUAGCUCUUACAUCUUUCUGUUUGAAAUAUAAAAAAACACUCAUGUUCUCUAAAUCUGGUUUGAUAUUAUUCAGCUAGGAACUUUUUUAAACAUGGCAAUAAUAAUGUACUCAUAUUUUUAGGCUGUAAUUGUAACUUAUAACAUUGCCAUACAAAUUACAACACAACUUUGUAUAUAAUCUUCUUAUAUAUAAAAAUGAAUUGCAUAAA